UCUGUUUGGUCAUAUUAUAAUCAGUGAAUUUUUUUAUUUUAUUCAUGAAUCAAAUUAUAUGAUUAUAAAAGUUAAAUCUUGUGAUUGUUUCUAAGAAUUUCUUUGAAUUAUUUUAUUUUUCAUCCGGAAAAAAAUGUUGACACUUUGAUAUAAAACUAACCGAGACGUUUAUUGUAUCAGUUUUUUUUUGACUGGAUCAUAUUAAUAAGCUGCAAAGAGAGCAUCGACAAUCAAAAUGAUGAAAUCAUUUUCGUUAAAUCCAAAGAAAAAGAAAGAUAUUGAAAAACAGAAAAAAUUGGCCGAAGAAGAAGCUUGUGCUGAAGUAUAUGAAGAAUUUGUAGCCACUUUUGAAACGCCAAAAUCACAAUCCAAAUUAUUCGUACGCGGUACUGUAAUCAAUCCGAAUUCUGGCCAAGAAUUGAGUGCUCAAAAUUCUGGCAAAUUUUAUAAGCCAGAAAAACUUGAAGAAUUUGAACGAAAAAAAUCACAACCACAUGAAUCUAAGAAUAAACAUGACAGCGAUAAAAAAUCUCAUCAUCAUUCAUCAACCUCAUCAUCGCAUACAAGUAUCCAUGAUAAACCGAAAAAAGGUAAUGGUAAGAAAAAAAGUAAUUUAGAGAUAUUCAAAGAAGAAUUAAAGAUGCUACAAGAAGAACGUGAAGAGCGAUUCCGACAACGAAACAAUGGAAAAGAAAGUUCAAAAACAUCGAAUCAAAGUUAUAAAUCACAUGAUGAUGAUUUGGAUACAUCCAAUUGUGGUAAUAGUAGUUCGACGAAAAAAACUGGAUCACAUGAUACUGGUGAUCCAAACACGACAAACAUUUAUCUGGGAAAUUUAAAUCCGAAAAUGACCGAAACACAAUUAUGUGAUAUAUUUGGUCGUUAUGGCCCGUUAGCUUCGGUUAAAAUAAUGUGGCCACGCAUUGAAGAAGAACGUAUCAGAAAUCGAAAUUGUGGAUUUGUUGCUUUCAUGUGCCGUAAAGAUGGUGAACGUGCAUUGAAAGCAUUGAAUGGUAAAACAUUUAUGGAUUAUGAAAUGCGAUUAGGCUGGGGUAAAGCUGUACCGAUUCCGCCCACACCAAUUUACAUACCAACGGCAUUACAUGAUUUGAUCAUGCCACCACCAUUAUCGGGACUUCCAUUCAAUGCUCAGAUUCAAGAUGAAAAAGAUAAAGAAUUGCUAAAAAGUUACGCAAAUGAUCCACAAAAAUUGUUCCAUGAAAAUCCUGAAGCAUUUUAUGAUUUACUAUCUCGAACUGUAGUUAAAGUAACAAUUCCACAAGAUCGAAAUCUUCUUUGUCUAAUACAUCGAGUGGUAGAAUUUGUCGUACGAGAAGGACCACCAUUCGAAGCAUUAUUAAUGAAUCGAGAACUUACAAAUCCACAAUAUUCAUUUCUAUUUGAGAAUCAAUCGGCAGCUCAUAUAUAUUAUCGAUGGAGACUUUAUUCUGUUCUACAGGGUGAACAUCCAAGUCGAUGGCGAACAGAAGAAUUUCGAAUGUUUGAUGGUGGAUCGUUUUGGCGGCCACCACCGAUUAAUCUUUUUCAACAAGGAAUGCCCGAAGAAUUAUUACCUAAUGAAGAUGAACUGGACAAUAAUUUCGAUGAUCGUCGAUCGAAUUCCAGUUCUGAUUCUAGUGAUAGUUAUCAUCGUCAUCGCCAUAGAGACCGUGAAAACGGCUCAUCAAAAAAAUCAUCAAAGUAUAAGAAACGCCGUCAUAAAGAAUCAUCAUCCAAAUCCACAUCAUCAUCGAAAAGUCAUCAAUUAAGCAGCAAAGAACGAGAAAAAUUUGAAGAUAUGCUUCGAGCAUUAAGUCCACAGCGUUCUAAAAUUGGUGAUAUGAUGGUUUUCUGUAUUGAACAUGCCGAUUCAUGGGAAGAAAUUGUCGAAUGUAUAACAGAUUCAUUGUGUAUUUCGGAAACGCCAUUGUAUAAGAAAAUUGCCAGGCUAUUCUUGAUGUCGGAUAUUCUGCACAAUUGUUCUGUCAAAGUAUCGAAUGUUUCGAAUUAUCGAAGAGGAUUCCAAUCAAAAUUGCAAAACAUUUUUCAAUCUUUUCAUCAAGCAUACAAUCAGAUUGAAGCUCGUCUAAAAGCUGAACAAUUCAAGCAACGUGUAAUGAAUUGUUUUCGUGCCUGGGAAGACAGUGCUAUUUAUUCAUCCGAUUUUCUCAUUAAAUUACAAAACAUUUUUCUUGGACUGGCAAAGCCAUCAUCAUCCUCUGCAGCUGUAUCGAAUCCAACAAUGUUAAAAAACAAAGAACUAGCGAGCAAAUCUUCAUUUUUAAUGCUCAACAAAGCAACAAAUGCCGAUGAUAUUGAUGGUGAACCUAUCAUUGAUGCCGAUCUGGAUGGAAUCGAAAUGACAUCAACUAAUGUUGCUGAUAAUCAAAAAUCAAUGGAAGAUCCAUUUAAGAAUAAAUUUAAAGCUUCAAAAUGGGAAACGGUCGAUCCCGAUGAUCAGGAACUGCCACCAUCAAUAUCUCAAACAAAGAUUAGUUCAAAAUGGAAUAAAAAUCUUCAAGAUAUUUACGCGGCAGAUGAAUUGAUUGAUGAUGAUAAUGAUGUUGGAAAUGCUGAUCAAGAUAUGGAUGAUAUCGAUGAUGAUAUUGAUGGUAAACCUUUAGAAGAUGAUGAUUUCAUGGAAAAGCUUGUUAAAAAUGACAAAAAUAAAAAUACGACAACAAAUUCCGAAACUUCAAUGCUACCACGAGAAGUGCUAAGAGAUAUCGAACUAAAAGUGGUUAAAUUCCAGGAUGAGCUUGAAACGAAUGUCCGUUCCGGGAAAAAGUUGUUAGACCUAUACGAAACUACAAGUCAAUUGGUGGAAAAAUAUCGCAGUGAUUUGAUGAAAAAAGCAUUGGAAGCAAAUCAACCUUUAUCAUCAUCAUCAUCAUCAUUGGAUCGUGCAAGACAAAAAUCAAGAUCGAGAUCUCGAUCACCUACCACAAAAUCGUCAUCAUCAUUGAGAUAUUAUUCAUCUUCAUCAUCAUCAAUAGCAACAACCACGUCAUCCACAUCAUCAAAACGUCGUAGAUAAUUGAAAAGCAUCCUGAAAUUUUUUCCUUUACUAAAAUUUUUAUUUAUCUAACCCUUUUUAUUACAUAUAUUUCAUGAUGAUUGACACAAUAUCAAUAUUUAUGUACAUUUUUUCAACAACAAAAAAAAAUUGAUUCAAUAAAAAAUAAAUCAAUCACCAUUAUAUGAAAUGUAUAGUGAAAAUAAAUAAAUUUGAUUUGAUCAUAUUUAAAAAAAAGGAUUGAGACAAAAGAUUGGUACCAAAAUCAAAA